AUGCCAGUGGCCGGCCGGCUGCCCCCGCCUCAGGCGGGUCGGAGCUCUAACUACGAUCCUUGCAGGCCCGAACUAACCACGAUUCGCCUCCUUCCUGUGCGGUGGCCAGAGGCAGCUUGCGAAGGAACCGCCAUUAAGGGCUCCAGCAGAGGGGCCGAGAGAGCCUGUGUUCCCUGGCAGGGAUCAGCAACACAUGCGUCCCUGCGCCCGGAGCGCUGGAAGCUGCACCGAUUCUUAAUGGCAGCAUAUAUUAUGGCCGUGCGCUCACGCACGCGCCGCUCGGGGCCACUCCAGGGAAUCGUUUCGCCCGCUAACUCCCACUCAGUCCCCUCCUCCCGAAGGAGGUCUCAGUCAAAACCCGGGUUCUCAGUCAAAACCAAAGCAGAUCCGCGCUACCUGCGCGGGGUGAUCACCCACCAGCAAACGCUCGGGGUUUUGGAAAAUAGUUGCAUCUUGAACCCCUGGUACUGCGGUUCCAACCGCUCCCCAGGCGGGGCCGCCCUAGAGGAAGGGCGCCCUCUCCCCUCUCUCAGCCCCUCCACGCGCUUCCAAGCCCCCACGCCACGGAGUCCCACAUCGCCCUGGGAAUCUCCAAACCUUAUCGUCCUGUCUGGGGCUCCCUUGUCUGUCCCAAGCCGAGGACCACGCUCACGUGAGCACGGAGAUACCCCUGGGAACGCAGGGCCGCGAGUCUUGGAAACGCAGGGUUCGGCAACUGGAGCGUUAGAGACCGUUUCUUCUUCUUGUGGACCCCCAGAGAGGCAAAUGAGCACAAGAAUCUCGACACAGAUUCUCCUUCUGCGGACCCAGAGAUCUUUCCACUGUAAUCAGUACCCCAGAGGGCCAGGGCCGCCGGGGACCUGGCGUCUUGGUGCUGGACGGACCGAGGCAGGAGCGCCAGCCCCCAGUCCUCUCCCGGAGCUCACCCCAGGAAAUCCGAUGAGUCAGGCAAAGAUUGAGCCAGGGAUUUCUCCCUUGCCGAAUUCUCCCUCAAAUAUCAGGAAGCAACCCCUCCACUACCCAAGAGAAGAACGGUGUAGAGAAAGCACCCCCUGCAGGGCCCUUUUGGAGGUUAACGCUUGGGCAGCCUCGGCCCCCAAACCCGAAUGCCGGCGGGAGAAGAGUUAGCCCAAACCCUGCCCAGCCCCAGGAGAGGAACCUCAGCUUGGCCCCACCGAACUCCGGCCAUUCCGGCACGCGCACGGAGAAGACGAUUUCUCCCCACUCCACCCCCACCGGGUGAGGGGAGGAGAGGGUAACAUUUGCGCCCAGAGUUGCGCCCUGGAAGGACGCAGCCUUUAGUGUGGCUUCCAAGAGCCAGGACUUCGGAGCCGGAAGACUCCUGUUUCCACCUGCAUGACCAUGGGCGGGUUACUGAACCCCGCUAUACCUCAGUUUCCUCCUCUGUAAAAUAAGGAUAAUCAUACUUACCUCAUAGGAUUGUACCUUGUAUCAAAUGAGACAGUAUAGGUAAAGCUCUUUCGGACAACAUGCCAGUUACCUCGUGCUAGGUAGUACUAAUUUAAUUUCCUCAGGUGGAUCUCACCGAAUUCUUCAAAAUAACCUUGAGAACCUCAUUCUUUUAAUAUUUUGGGAGCAGUUAUUCUUUAUGGUAAAGCGUUUCAAAUUCCUCUUACUACAGGCUACUACCCAGUGAUCCAUCGCCCUUUCUGGCCUUCUCAAAGGAUGCUGUAGAUAAGCUCCUUGAGUUCAAAUAGCCGGGUCGCUCAACAAUGUGUGUGUCCCCAGACUCUACUCCACCCCAUCCCCCUCAGUGCCCAGGUCAGACCCCUGGCUUUUGCUUUCUGCAAACCCCCAACUAGAGUGGCCAGGUUCUCCCAGCAUGGGAUUUCUCCUCUAUCUUCCUUGACAACUUCUCUUCCCUGCCCCCCGCUCACUCCCGCCAUUUAUCUUAAAUUCCUCUCCCAACAUUGAAAAAUGUAAUGAAGUUAUGGUAAAGAAUGAAGCAAUUCAAGAGUAUAGAGAGGGAAGAAAACAUCUUCCCUCCACUAAUAAAUGGUAGCAGGCUGACGUGUGUUCUUCCAUGCCUUUCCCCGUGCUGUUACACACAUAUACACACAUACAUAUAUGGAGAUUGGCUUUGGGUUUUGCUUUGUUUCAUUUCUGCAAAAUUGUAAUAUGUAUUUCUCUGCAACCAAAUUCCUCAAGAGCGAUAGUUAAAUAUCUCCUUUUAAAUGGUUACAUAAUUCCUUCUAUUGAUGAAUAUUUAAGUUUUUCAAGGUUUUUUUGUACUGUGUAAGUAUUGUGUUCAUAAAUAUUCCUGUUGAAACAACGUUAUGUACUAGUAUUUUAAUUUCUUCAAUACAACAGGCUUGGUCAAAGUUGGAUUGCUGGGCAGAAAGGCAUGUAUGUGUGAUUUAAUUUGAGAAGAUGUUUGUUUACUUUCCCAAAGGAUGUAGAGAUUCCUCCCUGCAUCCUUAUCCACACUGUAUGCUAACACUUUUUGCCUUUUUUGUCAACCCAGUAAGUAACCUUGCUGCUCUGGAAGGUCAGGCUUUCCUGCCAUCUGCAUUAGGUUCCUUGGGUCCCUCUCAGGCCCUGAUCACCACCAGAGUGUCGUCCUGCACUGGUGGGGAAGGGUCAGCUGGACUCUGGGUUCUCCUCCCCAGGAGCAGUGGCAAGGGCUGCGCAGGGAGUGACUUUUGUGCAAAGUCAGGCAUAAUUAGUCCUGGAAGACCCUGGCUCUCACUGGCUAAUCUAAUCAAAAUGCCUCCUGGAGUGUAGGACUUGGACCCUGCUGGGCUGGCUCAGUGAGUGAUUGUGAACUGGCAGAGGUGGGGCUCAGCUGCAUGUCUCCCCAAUGCUCCUGCAGCUUCCAUUCGGGACACUCAGCCUGAGCCAGCUCUGCACCGAGGCUGCGAUCCCCCGGCCUGUCUGCAGUGGAGGGCCAGCGAUGGAAGGAGGCAGCAAAGGAAAAGAAAACAGCAACCACAGAACAAGGGCGGCAAAGAUGACAGCUGAACUUUUCUUUUCCUCUCCCACCCACCCAGAGAGCCUGAGAGGCUUCUAUGAGCAGGAUCCAACCCAUGGAGAGCAACAAGGAAGGCUGAACCAUCUGGGGAGAUUCAGGGUACAGAGAUCUAGAUUGUACUGUCUCUUCUCUCAUCACUCCCACCCCACCACAUUUACUCUAACUUUUUAAAAACUUUAACUUUCAUUGAGCAGUUACUACACGCUAGGUGUUAUGGUAAAGCUUUGCAAACAUCAUCCCAUCUCCUUCGCAAUUUCUGUAAGAGGAUUUUAUUAUCCCCAUUUUACAGAUGAUGAGCUGAGGUUUGGAGAGAGGUUAGUAACUUGCCCAAGACCAGCAAGGAGCAAGAGCGAGAGCUGGCCUUUGAAUGCUAAUCUGUUUGGGGAACCUGCCUUAAGAGAUCACUUCGCUUUGCUUGUUCUAUUACUAUUUUGAGGCAAAGAAACACAAAGAAAAACACAACAACAAAUAAAUUUAAGUCCUGUGGUAAGCAGAAAAAUGUCCUUGCAAAA